UCUUUUUAAUACAAUUCCGGUCUGAAGAUACAGAAACGCGCGGAAAAAAAGCGCGUUCGCGAGAUAUCGGUGGUAGGAGGCGCGAGAGGAGGAAACUGCGCCGCGGCGAGAAACUCGCACUUCGCGCGCACUUUCGGCGGAGAGAUUCGGCGCGUGUCCGGCGCGGACGCGCGAUGUGAGAAGCUAUUAGCCGCGCGGUUCCGUGCUAAUUGUUACGGCGCGCGUGGAACGUUCUCGUCGAUAAAGUUCUCUCUUCUUCCGGACGCGCGUGCUGAGAGUCCUCAAAAAGUGCUAUCGCGUAUCCUCUAAACGCGCGACACGCAAGCGCCCAGGAAAACAGAUAAGAGGAGAGGAAGAGGAGACUGCAGCCGGAGGGAGCGCGCGAUCUGCGCCGAGAAAAAUCGGCGACUCACGAUUUUAGGAUCACUCGGACGUCGCGAAGAUCUAACGAGAAAGAAAGAAAGAGAGACCAACCGCGACUGCGAGCUGGAGUUUCCCGUUAUCGAAUCACCACGAGGAGAAAAAAGGGCGAUUCGUCCGUCCAACGAGAUUUUGCGAGUCUCACGGUCUCUUAGUUUGCCAAUCUCACGAGUCGAAUAGCACGAUAAGGAGAAUAGAUGAUCAACAAGGCACUUGAAUAAACUUCUUCGUUCUUUCUGGCGACGAAAGAAACUGACUGAAAAUAGACGAGAGAAAGAUGGUGUAUCGAGGCAGUUUGCAGACGGACGAUCCUAGGGAUGCACCAAGAUUGGUCCGGGUGUCUCCCCUGCGCAGCAGCAGGUCCGUCAAUCCCAGUCCGAAUUCGAGGAUUGUCACGUCCGUCAAGAAUCCAAUUUACAACAAUUCGUUCGCGACGUCGAUCGACGCCAAUCGGGCGCGGCUAAUCGAGGAGAGGCGAUUAGGACGCGAGCGGGACAUCGAGUCAGUCGAGAAGGUAAUCAUGAGGACCACCGGCAUAAAGAUCGGUGCACCCAAGCUGCGCAACAUCAGUCAGAUUCGCGAGACCGUCUUCUUAGAUCAAUCGCUCACGCCAAUUGACAAGAUCGACAAGUCAGACUCGAGAAAUCGGCCACGCAGCUCUGCUGCGAGUAUCGAGGAUGGUAGCGCCAGGAUAUCAAGGACUCAUAGUUCUCUGCUGGCCGAUCUGAAGGAUUUAGAGAGGCUGAGGAACACUCCACCGACGCAACGGAAUCACAGAGAUCUUUCACAGAGAUCGGAAUUAAUGCUGGAAAUCUCGAGUAAAAGGAACGACGCGCCGACUUCGGCCAAAAUCCGAUCAGAUAUCUUCAAGAUCCAGCAAAUGUUCCAGUCGACAAAUUCUUCGCCCAGAGCAGUGACCAAGAACAGUAACGACAGGAGAUUCAAGAGCGAUUCGGAAAGAGAGGAGAAGAAGCCUGGCGCUGAGAUUAACAGGACUCGGUUACUCGCGCAGAAGCUUUUAGAGGCGUCUAGGAGUAAUCGAGAGUCGUUGAAGGAUCGAUACAACAAUCCGAAGAACGUGUCCAAUAGGAUGCCGAGCAGGAACGGAAAAGCGUUGAGUAAUAAGAUUCUUCAGGAAAUUCCGGAGAAAAAUCUGAAGGACAAGCAAAAGCAGAAAGCAAUCGCGACGAAUUUGGAGGAUCAGCCGCGUCCUCCCGCUCGCAGGAGAAGAAACUCGAAAAAUCGGGGCUGGAAGGACGCAGAUUAUUCCACAGAUGAGGGUAAUCUGCGCCGUGAGUCGGAGAACCGAAGUGCCCGUAAUCUCGAUCGCGGGGAGGACUCGUCGAAUGGAGGAGCGAGUGCGGAGGAGAAUUCUAAGGCCAGUUCUAAUCUAGAAAGACCGGAUAUUCUGGACGGGCUAUUGAGGGAAUCCGACCGGCAGCUGGCGGACCUGAAGAACGAUCUCGGCGAGAAGGAACGCUCGCGCAGUCACUGGCGAGGAUUCGUGCAAUCCAUGAGGCUACACGAUGUCGAGCUCCAUUCUGAUAGCGAAGAUCAGCGGAAGGACCUGAAUCUGUGGAACAAGAGUAUCAGUCAGCGCUGGCGGAAGCUGCGGCGAAGAUGCUCCGUGCAGGAGUCGUCGGAACCGCAGGAGGCGCUGAUACAGGGUGGCGGGAAUCGCGGUGUUAUACACGCGGUGAGAUCGACGCCAGCCAGCAGAGAAGCCUCGCCGGCCGCGAAGAGUCUUCAGGAUGGUAGCUCGCCGAAGAAACUGCUGCAAACUAGUUCCCUAAGGCUGCCAGGCACGACGAAGGGGAUCGCCGAUAUCCAGCACGUGCUCCGCAAUAAGUUUAGCAAGAUAAACGCCGGCAUCAGGAAGCGAAAAGCGCUCAGUGUGACGGAGGUGUUUCCGCAGCAGAAGGACAAUGCCUCGAAUUUCUACGUGCCGAGUCCCCUCACCUCGUCUUCCAGCCAGACCUUCGAGGACAAUCGUUAUGAUUCCAGCGAGCCUACGUCCUUACCACCGUAUCCUUUCCACGAUAACUUGGAGACCUUGGCGGAGAGCAGUGUCCCGAGCUCACCUCAUUGCAACGGCAAUAGCUUUGCCUACUCCCAGGACGGCUACGAGCAGAAAGACCUUUACGAGAACGUUAUGUUCUCGAGGUCUUCGCCGUCGUCCUGCUGUCCAAGGACUCGGCCCGUUCUCCAGCGCAGCAAUUCGGAGAACCGCGAGACCAGCGUGCACGAUCACUCUUAUGAGAACAUGCGCUUUCAACGAGCCGGCGCACAGCGAGACGAUCUGGCCUCGGGAAGCCCGUACGCGGGUCGACACUUGGCCAGGAGCAAUUCCGAGACCAGGGAGCACUCGUAUGAAAACGUGCACUUCCUGAAUGCGAAGAUCAGGAACCAGUCGGAGCCGUCGUUCGAGGAGAUACACAUACCCAGAGUGACGCCCAGAAAAAGGUCUACCGAUUUUAAGGUCGGCGGACAAGUGAAUAAUUAUUCAGGUGAGGCUACGUUGAGCUCCGGUAGUGGUAACAAGGAAGAAGCGCCGGUCAGUCUGGGUACGGAGAGAAGUUCUGGCAAGAGAAACCCGAGGAGGCUCAACAGUAGAAGCGUCGCGAAUAUUCCUAGCUCUUCGGGUGCGAACUUAAAGACUUGGCAAGGUACUCAAGACGCCGACGAAGGUCUGAACACGGACUCGGAGCUCGAGGACAUUGACGAAGCUGCCGAGGGAGAGGAGUCGCGUUUUUGUACCUUGCCAAGACCUAGUAAGAGCGGCGCAUCCUUUACGAUACUGACCGCCAGAUUUCUCAAGGGUCCCGGGCACAAGGGACUUGGCUUCAGUAUCGUCGGCGGUACCGACAGUCCUCGCGGAAAUAUGGGUAUCUAUGUGAAAACCGUAUUUCCUAAUGGCCAAGCCGCUGACUUAGGCACUGUCAAGGAAGGGGACGAAAUUUUAUCAAUAAAUUCGAAACCUCUUCAUGGUAUGACCCACGCCGAGGCGAUUGCCGAAUUUAAAUCCGUCAAAGCUGGAGACGUCGUCCUACACGUGGGACGUCGCGUGAACAGGAAAAAGAAAGAAACCUUGACUUUGGCACCGGUUAAUCCCUCCGUCCCGAGGCAACCUGUCACGUGAAUUCGAGAACAUAGCAACGAUUUUUUUAUUUGCUGAAGUUUCACGAAUUCAGUCUUUUACUCUUGAGAACAUUCAUAAACAUAGCAAUAUCGAUAAUUAUUGCUGGCAAUAAUACGUGAAAGGUCAAGGUAAACUGUGAGUUAUCUCUAUUUUCUUAAGCUUCGAAUCGUGAAACAAAAUUGCGUCAUACAUAUAUCUUUAGAUUUUAAUAUUGCAUCUCGCUUUUGUGUUUUAUUUCACUAAAAGCAAGAUAAGAUUGCAUAUAAAUAUAAAAUUUAGUACAGGACGAUUUAGAGCGUCGAUCAAUUCUUUUAACAGGUAUUUAAAAUAAUUUAUUAGUUACUAUACCUUUUUAAACACGGAAAUUUGUUUUCAGCGGUUUUUUUUACAUCUUCCAAUAUUUUUCUAUUUUUGUUGUUUCAGAUUAAGUCAAAAGUUGCAACUAAAUCUGAUUAUUUUUCUAUACAGUUUGGUCGUAUAUUUAUUAAAAGAAAUGCAGUUUAAAAUAUGCAAAUUUGUCUCAUGACUUCAGAAUAAAAUUUAUAAAGAUCAAUGAUAAAGUGUGAAUAUAUUUUAAACUGCAAUAAGUUUUGAUAAAAUUGUAAGGAGUUUAUUCAUUCAUGUAUAUACAUAUCCGAAAUAAGAAUCUUGAAUCAGAACAUCUUAUUUUUUUAAUAUAUACGAGACAGAGUCUGGAAAAAUAAAGUCUCACUCUUACAUAACAAACAUAAUCAAACGGUGAGGCGAACACUGUCGAAUCAAAACAUGUUUUAAUUGUACCGAUCUACUCGGUACCCUAUAUUAAGGAUUAAUGUUUAUCACUAAAUUUAUAAUCAUCUUAUCUAGAAACAUCGACAUAAUGAAGAAUUAUUGAAGCUUUCAAUCGCAUUUUCUCACGUUUACUUAUACAUCACGAUAGGAAAUAGUUGAAUUAAAUACACUGAGAGAAAUUUGGCUAUUUACGAAACAGAAUGCAACGCAACGAAGUCCUCCAGUUAGUUAUUAGCAGACGAUUUAUUUUUGUAAAACGAAUAAAAAUGUUCCGCGAUUUUUUGUACAGUCAAUGACUAGCAAAGCGACAUUUAUUAAUGUGUGUAUGCCAAAUCAACGAAAUAAACGUAAUCGAACGUACGUAUCAAUUGCACGAUGGAAACUAUCUAUAACGGCCUGUAAUGUAUAACGAAAUUAUAAUGAUUUGAUUUUGUCUUUGGAGACAACUCUUAUUAGAUGAAAAAUAUGUAAGUUUAUUAAAAUAUUAUACAAUUUUUACCAAAACGUUUUGAUUAUAUUUAAUAAAAAAAAUCAGUAAUAUAACAAUUCAAUUAGGUUAAACGGUUGUAAACUAUCUACAUAUAUAAUAUUUAAUAAAUAUAUUUUUUAUCUAAUAAGAAUCUUUGUUGCUCGAUUUAGUCUUUUAUAUUUAUCUAUUGUUUAACAAAUUCGAGCCGAGCAUACAAUUUGAUCUUCUUUUGUUAUAUUAAUUAUUUUUUAGUAUUAUAAUAACAAAAAUAACAACAUAAUAUAAUUACAUCAAUAAUAAUGUUACAAUAAUUUAGUAUAUGAAUUUAUUGAUACUUAAGGAAGCUUUGUCUUUUGUCAUUUUUAUUCUGAAAUCUUCUUUACGCAGGCCGGUGCAAUUAGAUAGACGACAGGAAAUCCAAAGCCAAAACUUUAUCGCAGCGUUAAGGAAGAAAUUACUUUUUAACUGUAGACUAACGAAGAUCGCCCAAAGAUAAAGCCCAAAAAAUAUUUUUACUACAAAGACGAAACUUGAGAAAGCGCAUAUCUAUAUAUUAUUAUACGUGUAUAUAUAUAAUAUAUAUACACACACACACAACACACAAACACACACAAACACACACACACACACACACACACACACACACACACACACACACACACACACACACGUAUAUAUAUACAUUUUUUUGAUCGAGCGAGAAACGCGCUUUAUGUAAAGAAAAAGUAACAUUAUUAGUAUCUAGUCGAUUUGUAAUAUUUUUGUUCUUCAAAGCCCAUUUUGUAGUCACAAAACGAAAGAAAAAUAAGAAAAAAAUUUUAUAAAUAAGUACAGAUAUAUACACAGUGAUAAAUACAUCAAAAUCAUACGUGUAUACUUCUUAUAUCGAUUUUUCCAGGUGUAACGAAUCGUAUAAUCGAUCGAUAGAUUAAUAAUUAGGAUUUAGGAUCGCCGCGCUAAUUCGAUAAAAGUAGUGUACGCUCCCGCACAAUAAAACAUUUUUAAUUAAA